AUGACAAUGACUGUUGAAGCCACCUUGUCAAGCACUCGCACUGUGUACAACAAUGGCGAUGCCAGCUCGACCACGACAGUUUUGACCGUGGUCGAGCCAGCAUCACACAUCAAUGCUUCUAGCACUGUCGUGGUUCUGGUCCCUCCCCACUUCCGCUCCACCACCACGGUUGUUAAUACCAUUUCUACGGUCUCCUUGCAAGUGGCCCCGACUGUGUCAUCUACAAGUCUUGCAUCUUCUACCGCUUCACCUACUCGCAUUACUCGCAUAAGGACGACUACUCGUCUUGGAACGUCGACCGUCUCGCUUACUCGUAUCACACGUACAAAGACGUCUACUCAUUUUGCAUCGUCCACGGCCUCACUGACUCGUAUUACCCGUACGAAGACAACUACUCGUCAUGCAUCGUCUAGCGCCUCAGUCACUCGUAUCAUCGUUACAAAGACCUUCACGCACCUUACCAGUGUGCUCAGCACUAGCCGCGUGCUGAAGACCUUGACACUCUCACGAUCCACGCGUACGUCGUUGCACUCCUCAGAAUACACGGUAACCGCAACCAAGACCAUUACUCGUGUCACGUUGGAUGAGUCUUCAAGACCGGCGACAAUCACGACGGAGACGGUGAAACGUUGCAAGACUACGCCAACUCUGUAUACAUCCUUUAGAACGACCACCAUCACUGAUCAAGGAGACAAAUGA